AUGGUAUACUCAUCCACUGCUACAGCACAGCCGCAACAAUCGGCUCCUGACAGGUUCGAUGGUUCGCUCUCGCGUGUUUCGUUCGUGAGAGAGCAUGCGAUCUGUCAAAAUCGAACCGCGCGGAGCAUCUCACAGAACCGGACUAUAUACGCUCUGCGGAGAGAGCGACGCAAAAGAAAGCAUUGGCAGGUUGGACGUCCUUGUAGCAAGUCAAACCGGACGAUGGAUAAAUUCUUACGGUUCUUCAUUAAAUUUCACGGCUAUUGCAUUGCCGUAGCGAGCAGUGCUCUGACGAUUUUGUUUACCUCCAUUUUCACCAGUCACCUGCACCACGACAGUUGGGAAGAGUUAUACGAUCUACGUUACACUGGCAUACCUGCGCUUAUUUUUGGCCUCGCAUGGAUGAUGGCAAACUCGCUACUAAUUGUCGGCAUUUUUAAGGAAAAGAAAACGUAUUUGUACCCUUUCUCGGUACUAUUUAUACUUGACUUGUUCCUGGUGAUUCUUCGGGACCUUUAUUUGAUCAUCAAUCAGUACGCCUGGUACAAAUCGGUGUUUUUCAACUUUAGUCUACCCUUUCUAUUGUUUAUCAUCCCAUACGUAAUUCUAAGCAUACUAGCACUGAUAAAACUGUUUGACGUUGAUCCUAUUAUCAGGACGGAUGAUAAUUUUGUUCGAUUUGACCGGAACGCAUCCGCGGAGGACAGUUUCAACCGAGUUACCAUCGUGGAUUGAUUUUGUAAGUGCCAUAUACUUUUGAGCACAAAAGUCGUAAGUGUGUUCCGAAUGAAAUUUUACUGGAUGACUAUUUCAUCAUUACUUGUGUACUGUAUGUUUACCAAAUAAAACCA